AUGCCUCUCUACAAUAUCACUCUGAAGACCAACGCCCCCGUUGAGGAGCUGGAAAAGGCCAAGGCCUUCGCCAGGGAGAAGGGUGGUGUCAUCAGACAUGAGUACAGCAUCAUCAAAGGCUUCACUGUUGAGUUCCCCGAUGACACCGUUCAGACCCUCAAGUCUACUGAACAUGUCCACAUUGAGCAAGACGGUGCAGUGAGCCCUCACUAG